AUGUCCAGUGUACAAUCAGAAAUUCCUAGACUAGCAAAGAAACAAAAAAAUAGUUUCCAAAUGGAAAUAAUUCAGUUGAUAGAAACUGAGAUCACUCAGUUGUUGGAUUUAAAAUACAAAGACAUGUCAACAGUUAUUAUGAAGAAGUUUAAAGUCUUGAUGGAAAAUCUGGAUUUAAUGGUUGAAGAGAUAAGAGAAUCUCUUAAAAGUGAUCUAAAGGAAAUUUUAGGAGUAGCAAGUACAAUACCUGAAAUGGAAAAUCCUAGAAACUCCAGUACCAGGAAAGAGUGGCAGCAAAUAAAAGAUACCACGUCAAUAAAAACAGGAUUGGUAGAGAAAAUAGAAGAAAACUAUGUUGAAGAUAUUGAAAAUUUGACCUUUAAAAGAAAAAAAAUAGCUGAAUGUGGUAGCAAAUCAGACAAAGUUAAAGAAGGUAAGGAAUUGCCCCCAAAUGAAUCACAAAAUCACAAAGUCAUGGAAAAUAUGGAAGAAUCCAUAGGUAAUAUAGAUGACACAGGUCGAAAUUGCAACGUUCAUACAGAAGUUAGAGAGGGCCGAGAGCAUGGAGAGGAGAUACUAGUCAAAGAAAUGAGAGAAGAAAACAUCCCCCAGAACUUCAAAAAUAAAGAGAAAAUUUUAAAAGCCUCUGAAGAAGAUGAGGGAGCAGUACUCACAUUGACAGCAGACUUUUCAUCAGCAACACUUGAUGUUAGUAAACAAUGGAGUAAUGUCUUCAAGAUUCUGAGGGAAAAUGAUUUUGAACCAAAACUUUUAUGUCAAGUUAAGUUAGCGUUUAAAUGUGAUGGUGAAAUCAGGACCUUUUCAGACAUGCAAAGCCUCAGCAAAUUUACCAGCCAAAAAUCUUUUAUGAAAGGUUUACUGAAAGGUGUACUCCCAGAAAAUGAAAAAAUAAAGAAAGGAAGAAGAUAUGGAAUUCAAGAAAAAGUGGAUAAGACUCUAAUAACCUCCAAGCACGGAGCUGCGGAAGUGGACAGUGGUGGCUUGAGCUUCCUAUUGAUUAAAGAGGUAAAUGUUGCUGAGCCAGAGGAGGUAAAAAACUUAGAGAUUCACGAGGAAAAGGCUUCAGGGUGGAAGGAAAAAGAAGCCCUUGAGGAGAAAGAAGGCUUAGAGCUAGAGGAGGAAGAAAAAGAGACUUUAGAGUUGGAGGAGGGAGAAGAGACCUCAGAGCUAGAGGAGAAGGAUGAAGAAAAAGAGACUUUAGAGUUGGAGGAGGGAGAAGAGGCCUCAGAGCUAGAGGAGGAGAGUGAAGAGGCCUCGGACCUGGAGGAGGAAGAGACCUCAGUAUUAUGUAAGAAACGGCACUCAACCUUUCAGAGUUGUACUAUGAGGAAUACAAAACAUGGAGAUGAAAUAGCCAGUGAUGAGUUGAAGAAUAUUUUGACUAAAGAGGUAGAAGAUUCCGAGCAAGAGGAGGAAGAAAGCUCAGAAUGUGAAUUGGAAGUGUUUUUAACAGUAGAGGAAGGAAAGGACUCUGAAGUAGAAAUGUCUGAACAAACAGACUUAGUACAAGAAACAGAAGAGAACUUUAGAAAAAGUGUAAUUAGUUUCUUCAGUGAGAUACAAAAGGAGAUUGGGAAUAUUAAAAAUUACCGUCCUGGAAAUAAACCACUAGUCUUAGCUACUCUGAGUGACAGAGUAGACAUACUUGAAGAGAGAAUCAACAAUCUCGAAGAUCGAAUUGAAGAACUGUCUAAGGAUACACUGCAAAUGGCCAAGCAGGUGAUAGUUAAAGAAAGAAUAAGAGACAAAGAGGACAGAUCCAGAAGCUCAAACAUCCGUUUGAUAGGAAUUCCAGAAAAACAUAAUAAAGAGAAUGGAGCAGAAGAAAUAGUUAAGGAAAUAAUUGAAGAAAACUUUCCAGAGCUAAGGAAAAAUUCAGGCCUUGAGAUUGUCAGUGCCUAUAGAGUACCCAGUAAAAUUGAUGAAAAGAGACUCACUCCUAGACACAUCUUGGUGAAAUUGGGGAAUUGUAGUGAUAAAGAAAAAAUCUUAAAUGCUUCCAGAGAGAAAAAAGAGAUAACCUAUAGAGGAACAAGAAUCAGAUUGACAGCAGACUUAUCAUUGAAUACUUUGGAUGCUAGAAGUCAAUGGGGCGGUCUCAUAACAGUUCUGCAGGCAAAAGGCUUUAAACCUAGAAUCCUAUAUCCAGCCAAAUUGGCAUUUGAUUUUGAGGGUAAAACAAAGAUAUUUUUUGAUAUUCAAGAAUUCAGAAAGUUUAUUUCUUGUGUGCCCUCUUUGAAAGAAUUACUGAAGAAUAUACUUUAG